AUGACCCUGCAUAGAUCAAACGUGUCGACAUCAGCGACUCGCUUUCGCUUUGCGGUUCACUGCGGCAGGCCGCCUCCUUCUCAGCUCUGGUACCAGACGGAAUACGGGCGCAUGGACGGCCUGUGGCGCCUGACCAAUGCGCCGACUGCUGACCAGGCAGACGUGCCCUCGAUCGGCGAAGCUCUGGCGCGCAGAAGCGAAAGAAAGAUGCAGCCGCCAAAGAUUCCUGUGGCGCUCGACGGCUGCCCGAUUCUCCACGCUAAGGCUCAGGAGGUGCUACGCUCCCGCGAAGAACUCUUUCGAACGCGUGUGUACCUGCGUGUUGGCGUGGUGACUGGUCUUCUGGCUUUCGCGCUGUUCGCCAGCGGCUCGCCGAGCCCUGCAGCACCGUUUCCCGCGAGCGCCUCGCUGUGGCGCCAUCCGCCGCCCGAGCGUUCGCUGGCCUGGCACUGUCGCAUGGGCGCGAAGGAGUCGCACGCGGCGGAGGGCGCUCCCAAGGUCGACGCGGAGACUGCCUCGAAGAAGGCCAAACUGUGGCAGACGGAGGCGCACGCCUCCUGGGGCUCCGCGCUGCCCACGGCGCUCCACUUUCCUGCGCGUUUCCAUCCGAGUCGCAGAGACUUCUCUCAGAGCCUCCCCUCGCAGAGACAGCGAUGCAGCAGCCUGUGCACCACCAUCAAGCACUGCAGACUGCCCAGAGCGUGUGAGCCGCUCGGCGGCGUCUAA